UCAUUCUCUCCUCGCAUCUCUAUAAAUCUCUCUCUUUUUCUCCCUCUCUAUUUCUCCCUGUCGCCGAUUUCACGUUCUCCAGAUUCCGGCCAUCUUUACGGUCAAAUCCACCAUCUCAAACCCUAGCCUUUUUUUUUUCAAAUUAAUUUUUGAAAUUUUCCUUGGUGGGUCCUGGUUUCUCUCAACCUCUUUGUUAAUUACUGUCAAUCAUUUACCUUUCUCACCCCUCUGAUUUUGACGUUUUGUUUUCUACCUUACCAAACAACUCUUCUUUUACCGGAAAUUUUAUUUCUCUUUUUUUUUAUUUCCUUCUGGGUUGGGUUUGUGUUUUUGAGAUUUAAUGAGCUGCUGCUGCCGACGUGGCAUGCACCCCAACAGCCAUGAAUACCAAAACGAUGCGUUUGCCGCCACGUCGGAUUUCGACGACUAUUGCGUCAUCAAAUAACCACGCCAACAAGCGUAAGGAGCGGGAGAGUUCACUCGACGCGCCUCACAACCCAGCAAAGACGCUCAAGCUGUCCCCCGGGCCGCCGGCUUAUCAAGCCGAUCCGGUUUCAGCUGUGGCCUCCGGUCAGCUCCUGGCUGGCUAUUUGGCACACGAAUUCCUCACCAAGGGCACCCUUCUGGGGCAGCUCUGGGACCCGACCGCCCGAUCCGCCGACGAACCACCGCCGGUUGCGAAAUCCCCAGAUCGGCGCGAAGAAGGUGAAGCCGAGCGGCAGUACGAGAAGCUGGAGAGGUACGUGGAGGUAGCUGAUUUGCUGAAGACGGAUGGGGCGCAGUUAGCUGGAAUUGUGAACCCUACUCAGCUUGCACGCUUUUUACAGUUGUGAAGGCCAAGGGCGUGUGAGGGGCACGCGCCGGAAGGCGUAGGUGUGGAUCACCGUUUAUAAAUGGAUAUGGAAAUUACAAUUUUGUAUAAUGUAGGGUGUAUGGCAGGGCAUGCAUAAUCAAUGUUGUAUCUGAUUCGAAUCCAAGAAGUAAUUUAUGCACAAUUUCUUGAAAUAUUGUAUUUUGUGAAUAUGUAAUUAUUAUAUAUCUGCUCAUCUGUUUCGUGUUAUUUAUGUUUGGAUAAUUCUUGUAACCGACCGAUAGUUGCUUAGGGUUUG